AAUGGGAGACUAUUAAUAUGAUGGAGAAAAUCAAAGUGAAACUAUGCGCGUCGAAGGUAAACGGACAACCCACAGGCUAAUAUCAGAGUUCGCGCUAUUCGCGUUCAACACGCUUUCAACAGAAUUUGCAAUUCGCAACACGUCGAUUUUUAAAUCAAAGAAUUAUCCGUAAAAGUAAUACUUAUUAAAACGAUAGUUUUGAAGUAUGCUUUUCUUGCAGUAUAGUUAUUUCAAUUCAUUGGUUUUGUGCGAACAUACUCCAUUGGCGGAUUGAUAUACAUUAUAAGAAGUACCACUGCCGUAGCACAAGGUAAACAACGUUUGUGAAAUGAAUGCGAAUCAUUUCUACAUGUCAUUCACCGAUCACGUUCCUCAAUAAGCAUUGGCAAAAAGGUGUAUCAAGGUUGGUAAGUCUUUGCUCUCGGUUGACCGUCAAGUUCAGCUGCCGUCAGUUGUCUUCUACUUGGUGGACAGGACCGUGUGGGAUUGUGUUGUUGCUGUUAGCCGGUUACAUCUAGUUUGUUAUUGGAAGAGAAUAAAGUGAAAAGUCCCUCUACAAAUAUGCCUGAGCCAAUUCGUGUUGUUAUUACUGGAGCAGCUGGUCAAAUAGCAUAUUCUCUCAUUUACCAAAUUGGAAAUGGCGACGUAUUUGGAAAAGAUCAACCUCUCAUUCUAUCACUCUUGGAUAUCCCACCUAUGAUGGACGUACUUAAUGGAGUAGUGAUGGAAAUUUAUGAUUGUGCAUUACCAUUAGUGCGUGAAGUAAUUCCAACUGCUGAUCCAGCUGUAGCUUUUAAGGAUGUUGAAGCUGCUUUUCUUGUUGGGGCAAUGCCUCGUAAACAAGGCAUGGAACGUAAAGACCUGCUAUCUGCAAAUGUCAAAAUUUUCAAGGCACAAGGAGAAGCUCUUGAUAAGUUUGCCAAGAAAACUGUACAAGUUCUGGUGGUAGGAAAUCCUGCUAAUACAAAUGCUCUCAUUUGCUCCAAGUAUGCUCCCAGCAUCCCAAGAGAGAAUUUUUCUGCCAUGACUAGACUAGACCAGAACAGGGCACAAUCUCAAAUUGCUGUUCGGUUGAAUGUACCAGUUGAUAAAGUGAAGAAUGUUAUAAUUUGGGGUAAUCAUUCUUCAACUCAGUUUCCUGAUGCAAGACAUGCAAUUGUCGAGAGCGGAGGUACUGUCAGUGCUGAAUCGGCUAUUAAAGACAAUACAUGGCUAACUACGGAGUUUGUGAAAACGGUACAAACUCGCGGAGCAGCAGUUAUAGCUGCUCGUAAAAUGUCAUCUGCUAUGUCUGCUGCCAAAGCUGCUGGGGACCAUAUGAGAGAUAUUUGGUUGGGGACCCCUUCGGGACAGCAUGUAUCAAUGGGAGUGAUUUCUGACGGUUCUUAUGGAGCCCCCAAGGAUGUUAUAUUCUCAUUUCCUGUUACUAUUCAAAACAGAAAGUGGACCAUUGUUCAGGAUCUGCCAAUUAAUGAUUUUGCACGCAACAUGUUGGAUGCCACUGGGAAGGAGCUGGAAGAGGAGCGCCAGGAAGCACUGGCUGUGUGUGAGAAUUGACGGUCAGCGCCCCCGACUGUGGUGCAACAGAGCAAGAUUUAGCCAUGCUACCUGCACAAUAGACCCAGUAGGACUUAAGUGAAUUGUUCUGCAAGAUCUUGAUUGUUUGAAUGAAUGUCGAAGUGAUAAGUGUGCGUGUUAUCGAAUUGUAGAAGCUUGGAGGCAGGCCUGCACAUCUUGUUUUAAAAAUGUAUAUUCUUUAUUUUCCUGGAAUGUUUAUUUCUAUUGAAAUGUUAUACCAACCAGGACGAAGGAAAUAACAGUUACAGUGCCAGAGAAAGCAUUGUUGGUUGCUGGCAGACUGUUCUAGUUUCACAAAUCAAAACAGCAUUCUCAUACAAGAUCUGGAACAACUGGUUUUACACAAUUUGUACUCGUGACCUUUAGGGUGUAGCUGAUAGUUUCAGUAGUUUUUCAUAUUCAUUUAAGUGGAACAUGCUGAACAUUCCAGCUCCUGGAGCCGAGACAAUGUCUAACACAUAUACCUACUGCAGGUACUGUUCUGUUAAAUAUCACAGUUGAGGGCAUUGGAGACAUGAAAGACAAUGCAUAGAAUGGUGAGGUGAUUUUUAUUAAAAAGGCACUCGGGGUAUUAAUGUGUAUCAAUAGUAUAUUUACAUCUGGUUCCAAUACUCUUACUUGGUGCGUGUAACUGUUGUAAAUAAAUGUACAGGUGACAGCAAAAUAAAUAUUUCUGGAACAUAAUGGUUUCUUCCUGGUUAGUAAUUGUAACUUUGCUAAAAUUACUGUUUCUCACACCUGGAAUGAUCUGCAUUUUCAACUAGGAUUACAUUUAGAUGCAUCUCCAUCAUGAGCCACUUUAACAGUUUUCACUUCUUCAAGAAUCUUUUUCUCCAAUUGAAUAACUUCAGAAGGCUUCUGAUACUUAAUUAUCAAAGUAUUGUGUUGGUGAGUAAACUUGAUUCUUCCUUGUUCUGGUAGCAAACCGGCACGUUCCAAAUCUGGUACAGACAAUUUUUUGAAGUAUUUUUUAUUAGAGGUACGAACGGUAAUACAUCUGUUUUCAGGUUCUGCAGUCACAGUGUAAACAUCUAACGAGUAGGGAAGAUUUCUAAUCCUCCAUUCUAGAUUUGAUUUAGUAAUUCUUCUCGCAACGAAAGGUGCAGAAUUACUCUCUUUUAUGCCAAGAGAUUCAAAGUUGGAACUAUUUGGUUCUGGAUCUCCAAUUUCCACUUCCCAAAUACCAUCCGCUCCCAACGUGCCUCUUUUCCUCCAAGCUCUUCUCACAAGUACAUCCGUGUCCAUGCUGUAUUCUUCGACCAUUUCUUCGCCCUCCCGGAAGCGAUAAUGAACUUUACGUUUACCUCUUGAAUCAAGCCUAUUUUUUCAGAUUUCUUGAUCUUCUCAAGCCAGGUCUGAGCCAUGCUUAUUGAACAAACAAGUCGUAUCCACGGUCAGCAGUGACAAAACAAAUCACAUGGCAUUGUUCAUAUCACAAGUGAAAGCGGGUGCUGUCAAGAAAAUCCAUACAUAAAAAAAAAAUUACCUCAUGAAGAAAUAGAUCCGAAUUCCUCACUCAUUCAAAUUUGAGUUAACUGCAUGUUGCACUGCAAUUGUAAGUCACCGAUAAACAGGGUUUAGUGUUGUUUUUUUCGCCGGAAUUUCAAUUUCAGUGUAAAUAAGUCACUUUUUGGCGCGUUAGGUUUUCAGUAUUGCAUUUUAUUCUGCCUGUUCAUAGAAUGUGCACGAAACGCACUGAUAUCGAUGUGUGCAUAUUCUGUGUUUGAUAGAAGUUCCGCCAUUUUAACUUCGCGGAUCUCGAUCUCGUUCUUAGCUUAUGAUAUAAUGGGAUAUAUGUGAGCAUUGAUCAGGCGAGCAUUCUGUUGAUUCUGUUGUGUGCAUCCGUUAAAUGCUAUGGAAUAGUGAUUUUCGUAGUUGUACUGUGAUAAUUUAAGUGAAAACUAUUGAACGAAGAGCAAUUUGUGGCAUUGAACAAUAAUUCGUUGACAAUGGGGUCUCCCAAGAAGCAUAAACAUGAAUCCAAAAAGAAGAAGCACAGGAGUAGAUCCCGUUCUCGGGAGCGUUCAAAAGAAAGACAUAGACAUCACAAACGACAUCACCAUAAAGAAAAGAAAAGAGAAAAGAAAGAAAAGAAUGGGGAAUUGGUUUCGAAGUACGAAGAUUAUGAUUCAGAAGAUGAUGUUAUUGCUGUCCCACCACCUCCUAAAAUAUCUCGUCCGUCAACGCCUCCCCCUCCAUCAAUAUCCAGUGGAGGUGGAGGCAUUGGUGGGGGCAGUAGCAGCAGUAGUGGAGUUGGUGGGAGUGGCAGUGGUGGUGGUGGAGGAGGUGGUGAAUCAUUAUCCAUUGAAGAAACUAAUAAGUUACGAGCACGUUUGGGACUUAAGCCCCUCAAAGUAGAUGAUAUUCAUACUCUCACAAGUGAAGAACUGGAGAAGAAAAAGGAGCGUGAACUCUCAGGAGCAACUAUGGGGGGAAAAGACAUGGGAGAAUUUGUGCAUAGGCCAGCUGACAACAUAGCACAAAAAACACAAUCAGAUCGCAUCCGCCAAAAGCUGCAGGAAAAGAGAGAAAGACGUGCAAUUGAAGCUAAGCUCAAAUCUGUUAAAACUUUGGGAGAUAGUGAUUCUGAAGAUGAUGCAUCUGCUUGGGUUACGAAAAGUAGAGUGCAACAGAAAGAGCGAGAGCAGGCUGAUAAGAGGGCUAAAAUGUUAGAGGAACUAGAUGCUGAAUUCGGCAUAGGAGAGCUGGUGGAGGAUGAAUUGCAAACAGAGAGAAAACAGGCUUACUCUUCUAAAGAUCUAAGAGGCCUUAGAGUGGAGCACGCUGUGGAUAGAUUUUCGGAAGGCAAAACAGUAAUUCUCACCUUAAAAGAUCGUGGUGUAUUAGAUGAAGGAGAUGAUGCACUUGUAAAUGUUAAUAUCAUAGAUCAAGAAAGAUCUGAAAAGAAUGUGUCUAACAAAAAAUUGAAAGCUAAUUUAUUUGGUUACAAUGUUUAUGAAGAUAAUGACGUGGAUGAGUUUGGAAAUAUAAAGAAAAAGGAAAUCCUGAGUAAAUACGAUGAUGAAAUUGAAGGUGCAAAAGUGACAAGUUUUGCCCUUGGAGAUGAUGUAAUCGCUGAAAGAGAACAUCGAACAAUGCAAGCUGUUCGUGAGAAAUUGAGUAAAAAACGAAUUGAAUCCCUGACAACAUCUUCAUUGCAAAUAGCCUCCGAUUAUUAUACUUCUGAAGAAAUCGAUGUCAAAUUCAAGAAACCAAAAAAAAAAGUACGUAAAAUAAGAAAAAAAGUUUUAAGAGCUGAUGAUUUAAUACCUGAAAGUGAGGUAGCCAAUGAUCUGGGUUCACGGUCUCAACAGACACCACAAGAGCAGCUGAUACCUGGGCCAAAUGGAGAAAUGGUUCGAAUUAAAACAGAACCUGAUGAAUUUGUAAUGGAUGUUGACGAUGUUCCAGUUGUGACAGAAGACUUAACGCAAACAAAAGUUGAACCAGAUGAUGGCGAGCUGGAGCUACAUUUGGCCCUUAAAAAGGCCAGGAAGUUAAAACAACUUGAAAGUGUUGAAGUGAAGCCCAGUGUAGAGACAGUAGCCAAAACAAUUUUGGAGAAACCUUCAGAAUCCACAAUGGCCGAAGGAGGGUCUAUAGUUCUUAAUGCAACUGCUGAGUUCUGUCGUACUUUGGGAGACAUUCCUACCUACGGAUUAUCAGGAAACAGGGAUGAAGAUGAACAGGAACUAUUGGACUUUGAAACAGAAGUUCGCACUGCUAAGAAACCUGUAGAUGAUGAUGGCAAACGAGGUGCAUGGAAUGAAGUAGAAAUAGAUGAAAAACCUGUGGAUGUUUUGCCAUCUGAAGUUCCUAUAUUGGAUGUGGAACCAGAUGUUGGAGAAGGUAUGGCAGGAGCAUUAAGGCUGGCUUUAAGUAAAGGUUAUUUGGAGCGAGAAAACAUGAACAAACCAUCUGCAUCACGGUUUGCUCAUUUGCAAGCUCAGAAUUAUUCCAUUGAAGACAAAACUCACAUUGAUGAUGACAAAUUUGGUCGUCGUGAGCGAUACAGUGGUCCAACUUCUGACUUCAAAGAAAAAGACAGUUACAAACCUAAUGUGAAACUGGACUAUAUAGAUGAUGAUGGCAGAGUCCUUAACGCAAAAGAAGCCUUCAGGUAUUUGUCUCACAAAUUUCAUGGCAAAGGGCCGGGAAAGAAUAAAGUUGAGAAAAGGAUGAAGAAAAAUGAACAGGAAGGGUUAAUGAAACAAAUGAGUUCAACCGACACACCUUUGGGUACUUUGAGCCUCCUUCAGCAGAAACAGCGAGAAACCCAGUCAGCCUUUGUUGUUUUAAGUGGAAGCAAGCAAGCGACUUCAAUUUCUAAAACAAAGUUGUAGUUUCCCCAGUUCUAAAAACAUUGUAUCUGUCCAUGAUUCAUCCAGCCAUGAGGUGGUCUCAACAUGAUUGUCAAAUGUAAAAUUAUAUCAGGCUUUGAUGCUUUGUAGUUACUUAAAUGGAACUAAAGGAAGAUUGAUUAGAGUCAGUCAAUAGAGAAAUCUUGUGUUGUGAAUUUUCUUAAUCAUUGUAAUGGAGUUCAAGCAACUCUCUGUAAAAAGAUUUUAUUUUAAAUGCAAUAGAUCAGUUUGUUUUUAUGUGUAAUGUCAUGAGGUAUAGACAAUUAAAUUUCUAAUAUUGAAAUGAAAUUUUUGUGUGCCUUCCUUUCUAGACGCCGCCACAAAAUGAACCUGAUUUUGCCGUACCUAGAAGGACUAGUCAUUUUGUCAAAUCCACUCUGGUAAAACUUCUUUGAAAUUCAUCCAAAAUUGGUCCAGUUAAACUGAUAUGAAACUGCCUGUGAACAAUGGCAAAAUAUUUUAUUCAACCUUUUAUUUUAUUCUUUGAUAUACCCAAUUUGAUACAGUACUUUAUUCAUCAAUAUCGAUAAACAAAUUUUAAGAAAUUCAAUUUUUUCCCUCCAAUCAAAGUUUCUCUCAAAUAAAAAAAAUUCCAUAGAGGUUCAUAUACAACAUGAGAAUUACUUUAGUGUUGCAUGUCAGCAGUAAGACAGUUUCUUUAUUUUGUAAUGAGAAGUACACAGUUAUGACAUAAAUAUGAAUGAAUUGUUGUAUUCUUUACAGAAAAUAAGGGAAAGGUGAAAUAAUAACAAAGUUUACCCCCACCUGAAAAAUACACACCUCACUCUCACCCUGACCAUAUUUCCCGAAACAAAAGAUUUUCCUGUAAUGUCAUUUGAAAAAUGCAGGGUGGUCUAAUAUUCACAGAUAAAGGGUAGUUGGCCGCAGUGUAUGCUUGCAACAUGUCUUUGCGUAUCCAAAACUCUGAUGUAAUAAGCUGGAAAGGCAAUAAAUACAUGUAUUUAUACAAUCUGCAAACACAUCCUUAGCACCUGCCAUAGUUAAUUCUGGUGAUUCAGACCAAUAUGUUUGAAUGCCCAGUAAAGAAAGCCCUCAAAUGGAUGACAAUGUUGAAUGUGAAAUGCAACAUGACAAUUAAUAAAAACUAGUGCAAAGAUUUUUUCACUUCAUGUACUGAUUGGUGAUGCUCCAGUCUUGAAAAUUGUCUUUGAAAUUGAUCAGGCUCAAUCAACCAUUUGAUGCCAGUAUAUUUCUAG